AAAAAACAUACCUAAUCUCCUCCUUCCCUCCCACCCCACAAUUUCAUCAUGGCCGACAAAGCUGUCGCCCGCCUCGCCGGCAUCAAUGUCGGCGCUCCGGCGCGUUCUUUGCCUAGUGCUGAUUUCGGUCUCAUCGGUCUGGCCGUUAUGGGUCAGAACCUGAUCCUUAACGCCGCUGACCACGGCUUCACCGUCUGCGCCUACAACCGUACCACCUCCAAGGUCGACCGCUUCUUGGAGAACGAGGCUAAGGGCAAGCCCAUUGUCGGUGCUCACUCCGUCGAGGAGUUCUGCGCCAAGCUCAAGCGUCCCCGUCGUAUCAUGCUCUUGGUUAUGGCCGGAAAGCCCGUUGAUCAGUUCAUCGAGUCUCUUCUGCCCCACCUUGAGGAGGGUGAUAUCAUCAUCGAUGGUGGUAACUCCCACUUCCCCGACAGCAACCGCCGCACCAAGUACCUGGCCGAGAAGGGCAUCCGCUUCGUCGGCAGCGGUGUCUCCGGUGGUGAGGAGGGUGCCCGUUACGGUCCCUCCCUGAUGCCCGGUGGUAACGAGGAGGCCUGGCCCUACAUCAAGGAUGUCUUCCAGAGCAUCGCCGCCAAGAGCGACGGUGAGGCCUGCUGCGACUGGGUCGGUGACGAGGGCGCUGGUCACUUCGUCAAGAUGGUCCACAACGGUAUCGAGUACGGUGACAUGCAGCUCAUUUGCGAGGCUUAUGAUAUCCUCAAGCGCGGCCUUGGUCUUAAGGGCAAGGAGAUUGCCGAUGUUUUCGCCGAGUGGAACAAGGGUGUCUUGGACUCCUUCCUGAUUGAGAUCACCCGUGACAUUCUCUACUACAACGAUGAGGAUGGAACUCCUCUCGUCGAGAAGAUUCUUGACAAGGCUGGUCAGAAGGGUACCGGCAAGUGGACUGCUGUCAACGCUCUUGACCUUGGCAUGCCUGUCACCCUGAUCGGCGAGGCCGUCUUCUCUCGUUGCUUGUCUGCUAUCAAGGACGAGCGUACCCGUGCCAGUGGCCUCCUCAACGGCCCUACCCCCGAGUUCGAUGGUGACAAGCAGGCUUUCAUCAAGGACCUCGAGCAGGCCCUGUAUGCCUCCAAGAUCAUCUCCUACGCUCAGGGCUUCAUGCUCAUCCAGGAGGCUGCUCGUGAGUACGGCUGGAAGUUGAACAAGCCCUCCAUUGCCCUCAUGUGGCGUGGUGGCUGCAUCAUCCGUUCCGUCUUCCUUAAGGACAUCACCAACGCUUACCGCAACAACCCCGACCUUGAGAACCUGCUCUUCGACGACUUCUUCAACAAGGCCAUCCACAACGCCCAGCAGGGCUGGAGAAACGUUGUCAGCAAGGGUGCUCUGUGGGGUAUCCCCACCCCUGCUUUCAGCACUGCCCUCAGCUUCUUCGACGGCUACCGCACCCGGGACCUCCCCGCCAACCUGCUGCAGGCUCAGCGUGACUACUUCGGUGCCCACACUUUCCGCAUCAAGCCCGAGCACGCCAGCGAGACCUACCCCGAGGGUAAGGACAUCCACGUCAACUGGACCGGCCGUGGUGGCAACGUCUCUGCGUCGACCUACAUUGUUUAA